GUAUUUGAAGAGGAUUUUCAGAUGGGAAACUCAAACCAAAUAUUGCACCCAGAUCUGACAGCAUCACUCGAUUCAUCAGGACCUGGAUAUUAUCGGCUUUUGAGUGGUGUUAGAAGUGGAGGAUUUGCAGGAAACUCAAACUUAACAUCACAUCAGAACCUGAUAGAUUCAAGCAGCAUAUUGUAACCUGAAUAUCAUCAGAUUUUGAACAUGGAAGGAAAAAGCAACGUUCACAGUGGAGCAAAACCAUACAUGUGUUGUGUGUGUGGACGAAGCUUCAGACAGUCAUCUAGCCUAUCAAGACACAAGCGCAGUCACACCGGGGAGAAACCGUGGAAAUGUGGUGACUGUGAGAUGGGAUGCAGAACCCCAUCUGAGCUUGAAACUCAUCGGCGCAGUCACACUGGGGAGAGACCAUUCACCUGCUCUGUGUGUGGGAAGGGAUUCAUUAAUUCUUCCAACCUGCUGACACACCAGCGAGUUCACACAGGGGAGAGACCAUUUACCUGCUCCGAAUGUAGGAAGAACUUCACUUCCUCAUCCACCUUGCUGACACACCAGCGGGUUCACACUGGGGAGAGACCUUUUAAAUGCCCAGACUGCGGGAAAUGCUAUAAAAGUUCCUGGGAACUGAUGUCCCAUCAGCGUGUCCACACUGACGAUAGACCAUUCAGGUGCACUCAUUGUGGGUCUGAGUUCAAGACAUUAUCUGAUCUUACUGUACACCGGCGCACUCACACUGCAGACAGACUGUUCACCUGCUCCAACUGUGGGAAGGGAUUCAACCGUUCAUCCAACUUGCUGGAACACCAACGGGUUCACACUGGGGAGAGACCAUUCACAUGCUCUGAAUGUGGGAAGGGAUUCACUCAGUCAUCUAGCCUGCUGAAGCACAAGCGAGUUCACACUGGGGAGAAGCUGUUCACCUGCUGUGUGUGUGGGAAGGGAUUCACUCAGUUGUGCAGCCUGCAGAAACACCAACGAGUUCACACUCGGGAGAGACCGUUCACCCCCAUUGAACAUGGGAAGAGAGUCACUCAGUCAUCCAGCCUGCUGAUGCACCAGCAAGCCUGCACUGGGGAGAGGCCGUUUAUCUGCUCUGAAUGUGGGAAGAAUUCACUCGGUCCUCCCAGCUGCUGGCACACCAGAGAGUUCACACUGGGGAAAGACUGUUCAGCUGCUCAGAGUGUGAGAAAGGGUUCACUCAGUUAUCCAGCUUGCUGAGACACCAGCAAGUUCACAAAGAUGAGAGAUCUUUUAACUGCCAAGAAAAUGGUAUAAAAGUUUCCAGGAACUCAUCUCCCAUCAACGUUCACACUGACAAAAGACCAUUUAGGUGGUCUCACUGCCAAAAUGGAUUCAGGAAAUCACCUGGACACUCUCUGCACCAGUGAGUUCACUUGGGGAAAGUCCAUUCACCUGCUCUGAAUGCAGGAAGGAAUUUUCCCAUUCAUCCACCUUGCUGUCAAACCAGCGAUUUCACACCAGGGAGAGGCUCUUUAUCAUCUCUGAAUGUGGGAAGGGAUUUGCUUAUUUAUCCAAUCUGCUAAGUCACCAGUGAGUUUAGAAGUAAUCAUAUUGAAUAGGAUUUUGCAGUUCAUCACAUCUAGCACUGAACCAUGUUCAUUGGGCUAUUUCUGCUCAUGUUAUAGGUGUUAAUAUUAGGGGA